GUUUGAGCAGUCUGUUUCAUUGGUGAACAAAAAAUAAAAUGCCGCGGAGUGUGUCUAAGUUGUUGAAUUUUGAAUUGCUAUUAUUAUUGUCGGUAAUCUUUUUCUUGCCAAAAUGCAGUAUAGCAAGCGAAGUAGACAUAAAAGGACAACUCGCCCACCCAGAGAUUGCAUGCUCAGAAGAGACUAUUAUAAACAUGGAGUCAUGUACGCACAUAAAUAAAGAGAAAUUAGAAUAUGCACAGCAUGACGGAAAGUAUCUGCCAGAAGGAACAGUUUGUGAGAUUAAUGAUGACAAUGAUGGAUAUACAACAGCAAAAGUAGUCGAAUGCAUACACGGAAAAUGGAUGUCAAUUACAGAUUCUGAUCCCAAUAGCCAUCACAGACAAAAACGUGUAGUAGGGCUAAUUCUGUUUGGUGUACUCGUAAUUGGCGCUAUAUUAUGUUUUAUUUUUUGUCGUCGGAGAAGAGAACCGCCACCGAACAGAAUACCAACAAUAACAUGUCCAACUAUAGCUUCACCAUUGUAUACGCCGAAGAACAAAAUGUCCGUGUUGGUUUCGUGGAAAGAACCUGAAGCCAGAGAUCCAGAUGGGGAUAAAGUAAGUGUUGCUCAGACGCAAGGCCUGUCGUCUGGAACUUAUUUCCUGGAAGGUACUCAUAAGGUAACCUACAUUGCUAAAGACAAUAGAGGAGGGAUGGCUGAUUGCAGUUCAAUGUUUACCGUUAUAGUCAGGAGUUGUUCGAAUGAGUACACGAAUUUAAAAAACGGGAAAGUCUCAUGUCAGCCUCAACUGAACAACUAUAAGCCUAUAUUCGGAUCUGAGUGUGAAUAUAAAUGUGAUGAUGGAUACGAAAUUAGUGGAUCUUCGAAUGCUCAGUGUAAUGAAAAUCAACAAUGGUCUGUACAGAAACCCUUCUGCAGAGCUAUAGCAUGUGCUGCACCACCAACAGUAGAAAACGGUAAAUUUACCGGUUGUCUUGGAGGCUACCCAUAUAUGUCUAAAUGUAUCCUCACCUGCAAAACCGGUUACGUCGUUGAUAUAACAGACACCAUUAGAUGUCUUUCAAAUAGAUCAUGGACAGUACCUGGCAUAUGCAGAGAUAUUGCGCCUCCAGUACUGAAUUGUGGAGCGCAAAAGAUUGAAGUGUACGCUGGACCAAAACUUUCAAAUGUUCCAGUACAAUGGCCUCCAGUAACAGCGGUAGACAACUCUAACUUCAGUUAUCCAGUUGAAAGUGACAUACAAUCAGGGGCGUUCUUUGACAUUGGCGUCAUCACGGUCACGUUUACAGCUGAGGACAAGCAAAAAAACAUUGGGCGGUGUACAAAAACUAUUUCAGUCAUAGUCAAAAGAUGUCCACCCUACGAGCCCGAUGAAAAUGCUAAUGUUAGCUGUUCCCAUAGCAACGCCUACGGUUCCGUGUGUACUUCUGUGUGUAACGAUGGUUAUCUGUUGGUCGGAGCUGAUUCACAGACGUGUCAAGAAAACAAAACUUGGAGUGGAUCGAAACCAACGUGCAUAUCACGAGAUUGCGGAUCACCCCCUUAUGUUGCACACGGAAAUUACACGUGUCUUUCGGGAACGAAGUACAAAGACGUGUGUACCCUAAACUGUGACCCAGGCUUCCAGCCCGUAACACCAACGACAAUUUUGUGUACCAUUCUGGUAGAAUGGACACAAGGAGGAUACUGUAAAGAUACCCAGCCACCAACAUUUCCCAAUGGAUGUACUCACGACCUCGAAGUUAUUGCCUCUGCAGCUGGACAGCCCACAUAUGUUAGCUUUACACUGCCAGUAGCUGUUGACAAUUCAGGCGACGGUGUCAUAGUAAAGUCAGAGCCGGUGUCCCGAACUAUCUUCGCACCGGGGUCCACUAAAGUAACGGUCACUGCGACCGACACACUGGGUCUUCAAUCCAAAUGUUCAUUCUUUGUUGUAGUCAAGACUAUAUCAUGCGACGCCCCCAACAUUGAUACGUCAGGAAAAAAUCUGAUUAGGUAUAACUGCUCUGAUCAAUAUGUGUUUGGGUCUUCCUGCGACUUAUCUUGCAUGAAUGGAAACCCGAUAACUGGCCCCACCCAGAUCAGAUGCGAGAAAGUAGAUGGCAACAAUAGUGUACAAUGGAAAAUGGAAGGAAACUCCCGUCCAAUUUGCGACCCAAAGACCUGCAGUAAAUUAAGAGUCCCAAAUAAUGGUGCUCUUUCGUGUGAUUUGCUUGGUGGUGGCAGUGAAAUUUGCACUCUGAUGUGCAAUGAAAACUAUUCCUGGCCUUAUCAAGAUCCUUUUCAAUUUUCCUGUGUGAAGGGCAAUGGUACCUGGUCACCUGGAGAAGCAACACGGGAUUGUGUCGCUAGACGAAAAGUAGUCAAUGUAGAGACCGAUCUUGUAUUUUACUACUACACUGGAACGUGUUCUAGUGAUAGCGCUGACAUCAAGGGCAACUUUGUUGAAGCUGUUUCUAGCAGUAUAUUCAGAGAUCUGUGUUCAGAACACUUUCCAUGUACUGUGGACACGGUGUCAGUGUCAUGUGGCAUUAUUGCCCGUAGACGGAAGAGAGACACAAGCAGUUCCUCUACAGAAUAUAAGAUCACUGCAACCAUCAAUAUUGGUGAAUAUAAAUAUAAGGGUGACGCUGAAUCUACGUUCAAGUACUAUGACGACAUUGUGAUGGGCAUCAAUUACAAAGUUCAAGCUAAAGCUGAUGCAGGUCUCCUGAAUGUACCCAGUAUCGGCACUUUUGACAUGUUUGAAUAUGGUCAAGUAGGACUUAAAUGUGAACCAGGGACUAAAAUGGUGCAGAGAACAAUGGCAUGCGCUGGAUGUGGAACGGGCUACAUAUUCAACAACGAAACUGAAUCUUGCCAGGCGUGUCCUGUGGGGACAUAUCAGGACCAGGAAGUUGCUUUUUCAUGCACGCCUUGUCCUGUUGGUAAAACGACAAAGAACAAAGGCUCUACAGCUCUCAACCAAUGUCUUGAUUUAUGCACCGCUGGCUCUGUGUCACAGACUGGCAUUAAACCCUGUCAGCCAUGUCCUACCGGCACAUACCAGUCUGCUAUUGGUAUGACACUCUGCAACAAAUGUCCUUAUGGAACCUCGACGACAUUACCCGGACAAACGUCACAAGCCAACUGCAAGUUCUAUGAUGUUAAGCUAACAGAAAACAGCACAGGCCCAGUAAUCCAAAUCUUUGAUGCAGUACCAAAAAGAUUCUCAUUUAUGACCUGGAUAUCGGAUGUAACAAUUUCAUCACUAAACAUUGUAAAUAACAACACAGCGAAAUUCUCUCUAGACCAGUUUGUAGUCAACAUAGUUCCAGAAACUGUUGACUCUAACAGAACCCUAAGAAAAUGGAAUCAUGUGGCUCUGACAUACUCAAGCGGAAAUGGAACAGUGUACCUUAAUGGCCAGCAGAUCUAUUUUUCUACAGGCUUGAACUUCACAAAUCUAAACAAGAAGUCUCUGUACUUCAAAAAAUCUAAAGAUAUCCCCUAUAUUGUAACAAGCGGCAUACAGAUGACGACCACAUUUUACUCAGCCUCUCAAAUCAAAGAGUUUAGCCUCUCCUGUACCAAACAGGUCGACAAACAAGUCUUAGCUCCGGACCCUUUUGGCAUAACAUUGAUGACACCAAGCUCCUGCAGUGACAACAACUUUUGCUCUGAUCGACCUUGCGGCCAAAAUGGCGUCUGUGUAGUCGGUAGCCAAACGCUGACCUGCCUGUGUGACAGUCCUUGGUCAGGUGACAGGUGCCAGAAUGUCACAAAUUUCUGUGCUGACAACUUGUGUGCCAACGGGUCAUCUUGUAUCAGCAGGCCUGAGAAUAAAGCCUACACCUGUGCUUGUUCACCUGGGUUCUACGGAGUCUUGUGUAACAAGAAAAUAGUAACGCGUCAACUUACAAGCUGGGGUGCGUGGAGCUCCUGGUCGAAAUGUUCAUCUGCCUGUGGGUCAGGCGAGAGGACAAGAACCCGACAGUGUAACAGUCCCGGGACUGACGGGUGUCUAGGUGGUGGUACGGAAACAGAAGUGUGUAAGAGUGCAUGUCAAGACUGUCAGUGGAGUGAGUGGGUAACUUCUCCAUGUUCUGGGACCUGCGGAGACCAACAAGCUAUACGAACAAGAAACAUUUUACAGGAUUCAGUAGGCGAUGGUAUGCCUUGCAGAGGACUGGUUCAAACAGUUGUUCAAUGCAAUCUCACAGCAUGUCCAGUGAACGGUAACUUUGGCGCAUGGUCCGAAUGGUCACAGUGCAGCGCUACGUGUGGAGGGGGCACUUCCACCAGAAGACGGCUUUGUGACAAUCCUCCACCAAGUAACGGCGGGGAGCAGUGUGACAGUUCACUGGCUGUUGAGAAAAUCGUUUGUAAUGCUAAAACUUGUCCUGAAUGUAAAUUGCCAGAAUUGCGGACAUGGCACACAUCUUUGAACUGUUCAAAUUCUACAGAAGAUCAAAUGCUAAUCUGUAAUAUAGUCUGUGCUCCCGGCACUAUGGUUAUAGAUUUUGAGAACACCUUCACGUGUGGAGCAAUAACGAAUUACACCUGGUCUCAUCAGACUAUUGAUAAUCCUACUGGCUUACUUCCUGAUUGUACAGAAAUGAAAGUGCCUAUAGAAGUUGAGCCAACGCUUGUGACCACAUUUGCUGUGGAUUGCAAUAACAAAACACAAAAACAAGAAGUGCAAAACAUUAUAUCAGAAGAGUUUAGACUACACGGAUGUAUAGAGGAAAAUUCUUGCUACUUUGAUAUAGACUCAGCCGCAAACUGCAGCAGUAGCAGGCGGAGAUCCAUCGGAACGUUAACAGUAACUAUAAAUUUGUCAUUGACAAGAAGUGCUGAAAUUGACCCGACGAAAAAUUCCUCCCUUCCUGAAAAUUAUGCAGAGCAUGAAAUAGAAAAGCUGAUAAAUUUAGAAAAUCUUCUUAACCAAUUGGUAAACAAAACUGAAGAUGGGUUAAUAUUGUUUCUUGGUCCAAAUUAUCCGAGUGGAAAUGUGGAAUCUGUUCAAACCAAAAUCGUUUGUCAAAAAGGAUCUGGAUAUUACAAUGGAUUUUGUGUGGACUGCCCAGCAGGAUCUUAUUCAGAUGGUAAUGGUUCUUGUGUACUUUGUGACAAAGGGUAUUUCCAAGAGCAGCCUAAAAUGAGUCAAUGCAAUAAAUGCCCAGGAGACACCACAACAUCAAGCAAAGGAUCCUAUUCCAUGGACCAAUGCACAAAUGAACCGGUUACUUUUCAGGAUAUUUACCCAAACUUACUGCCCAGCAAUGAUCUAAAUACCAAGAAGGACAUUACUGUGAAUGUGAACGAUGAUCAUAUUGCUCUGAUAUCUGGUCUGACCGUUGGUAUUGUAGUAGGUGUCGUUAUAGUUGCAGUUGUAAUGUUCAUCCUAAUAAGAAAACAUAAACGAAAUCAAACAUCUUUUGGUGGAUUCAACAAAGGCCAAGCUAACUUGAGUUUAGAUGACCUACAAACCAACUAACUACAUUUUCUAUAACUCUCAUUACACGUGUAUGCGCUUGUGUAUACUUACUGCUUUAGUUUAUAUAGCAUUGGUAAAGGUUAUAUUUGUUUUACAUUUUUAAUGUGAAUACUGCUAUUAGAUUUUUUUAAAAUGUUAAAACCCAAUUAUUUUCACCGCUUAAAAACAAAUUUCAAAUAUUAAAUACUUGUAGUUUAUUGAAAGAUAUAUUUUUUCCUCCUUAAAAUUAAACCUUGAAUCUAAACAAACAUUUUUUAUUAUUCAUUUCUUUUAAGUAAAUAGAUGACUGUUUACUGAUUAAAAACAUAUUUUAUGUAA